AACAGAACGGGUUUGUGUAAGAGAUUAUACCCUAUAAAGGUUCAGGAGCAACUGAAGAAAGAUCGGUCUUCAAAUUUGACAGCCAGUCACCAUCAUGAAACCCUGGCUUUUUCUUCUGAGUAUCAAUGGUCUCGUCCCAGUUUCCAUCCUGCAAAAUGUCACUCACUUGUAUCACAUGAUCAUGACACCAGCGACAUGGUCCACUGCACAGAGUUACUGCAGGGAGCUGUACAGUGACCUGGCAACAGUAGAAAGUGCCGAUGACUGGGUAAGGCUAAACAGAUUAUUAACAUGGCAAAGUAUAAAAGAUCCUUUCUGGAUCGGACUCUACAAUGACAUCAACAAUUGGCGCUGGUCCUUUAAUGAAGUCCCACUGAAGAAUACCAAGUUUACGAUGUGGGGUACUGGAGAUCCUGAUAAUAACUAUGGAAAGGAAUCAUGUGGUCUUAUAAACUCAGACGGAUACUGGUGGGAUGCAUACUGCUAUGAUCCGAGACCCUUUAUAUGCUAUGAUGGUGGUGACAAUGGCACUGGCAGAUUCAUUGGUGUCACUCAUCCUAUAUUGAGCUGGUCUGAAGCUCGGGCUUACUGCCGAGAAUUUCACACAGAUUUGGCCUCUGCGACCAACAGCGAAGACAACAACGUGUUAGCAGGAGUGGCAUCACAAAGCACUAUUUGUUACUGGACUGGCCUAUAUAGGGACACUUGGAAGUGGUCAGAUGGGACCAAAAUUUCAAAUCUCCAGUGGGCUCCUAAACAGCCUGAUAACCUUUACAAAAAUGAAAAUUGUGGUGCACAUUAUACACUGCUGGAAGAUGAAAGCUGCAACACCCAGCACUUUUUUAUGUGUCACACCACACCACCAGUGAGGGAGCAGCAGAUAGUGAGACUGCAAGUGAAGUCUGAUAGGAGUGUGUUUGAACCUGAUGCACAGUUGUUCAUUUUGGAGAUGAUCAAGCAAAAACUGAAGGAAAAUGGCAUGUUGGAGAACACCACAGUGACUUGGAGGGUGCAGCCAGACGGAAACAUCGUCUACAAGAAAAACAAGAAUGACCUGUAAGGUCCCAAUGCUCACCUUCAUGUCAAGAAGAUUGCAAACUGACAGAAAUUUUAUUUAAACUUUUAAUCAACAUUUAAAUUUUUAAUCAGUAGGGGAUAUCAGAUGUAAAGACUAGCUAUAAGGACUAGGAACAGCAUUUUAUUGAGCCAUGUUCCAGGACUUUUUGUAAAAUGUGUCCCAGUCAGGUUCAUGUCCUUGGUUUCAUCCCUUGGUCAUGGACAUUAUUAUUAUUAUUAUUAACAUGGCCCUGCUAAUAAUGAAAUAUGUUCCAAUGUACUGGAAUUAAUUACACACAACAGCAAUAUAGCAUAGCAUAUAAAUCUACUUUACAAUAAGAAUAAAAUCACAGAAAGAAUAAAUACUGUAACAUACCACCAAAUGUGCAAUAUUUUACCAUAGCACUGAAGAGGAGACCUUUCUGUGUACAAACAUUUUGUCUCUGCAAGAGUACAGCAUAGUUAAAUUACAAAUAUAAUGUAUCUAAAAAUACGUUGGAAAAAACUUACAGUUUUGUGUAGCAUUUUUUCUCAAGAUUACAUAAUAUAUUUCUGCUUCAUAAAGAUCUGCACUUUUAAAUCAUGAGACUAGCUAAAGAUGCCUACUUUAACUUACUGUUGGAAUCCAGGGUUUAAUAUAGCAAUUAAAAUGGUAGAUAAAUAUAAAUGUAAUGUUGAGUGAGAUUUCAAUUUCAGAAUCAGAAUCACUUUUAUUGCCAGGUAUGUGAACACACACAAGGAAUUUGACUCCGGUUCCACUUAGCUUUCAUAGUAGAAAGUAUGAGAGAGCGAAGUACCGAGGCAGCCAUCCGCGGCGCCAUCUUGGUGGAAAUUUAAGUACCAGUUAAAAACUGUGUACCUUGAAUGGUUAUAUUUACUCUCUUCUAUUAUUGUAAUUUUGUCUUCUAUGAACUCAGUACGCAUUGCGUAGUCAGAAAUUAUAUUGUUAAUAGUCGCUAUUGGUUUUAUCUAUAUUAAUAAAAUGUCUCAAUAAUAGAA